UGUACCAUGCACCUUUACACCUAUAUAUCAAAUAAUUAGUCUACUCUAAACCUAGCUUCUUACCUCCAUUACACUCAAGAAAAAGGAAUGGAACUUGUGGUCCUCAAACACUUCUUUUUCACAACCCUUGGCAAAGUUUAACUUUCUUCUUGUCUAUACUAUUCUCAAUUUUCAUUUUAUUCUCUUGUACCAAGAAAUGGAAGCAAGCAAAGCUCAAGGGAAGAUGAGAAAGAUAUAUAGAAUGAAGGAAGAUAAAGUACAGACGGAAGAGGAGGAGGAAGAUGAUGAUUUAGGGUUGGAGUUUAGAGAGGAUGACAAUAGUAAAUCGACUUCAUCUGGAAAGAAAGGAUCCAGUGGAGGAGGAUCAGCACAGCCUUGUUGCCAGGUGGAGAACUGCAUUGCAGAUAUGACUGAUGCCAGGAAGUACCAUCGCCGGCACAAGGUCUGUGAGCUUCAUGCCAAGGCCCCAGUUGUUGUCGUUGCCGGACUCCAGCAGCGUUUCUGUCAGCAAUGCAGCAGGUUUCAUGAACUGAAAGAGUUUGAUGAAGCUAAAAGAAGCUGCCGCAUGCGUUUGGCUGGACACAAUGAGCGUCGCCGCAAAAGCUCAUAUGAAUAUCAAGGAGAAGGAUCAAGCUGAAAAGGGGAUAUAUUAACCCUCAAUAAAAUUAAGGCAAAUCAAUGAUUUAACAUUGUGAUCACUAGGAUGCUCUCUCUCUUCUGUCAAAUUUUUAGAAUAUUUAUUGUUGAUCUUUCAUAUAUGUAUAACGUAUUUCGAACCAUAAAGCCUAACAGCUCUGUGGCCAUCAAUUUUGGUGCAGUGUACUGUUGGUAGCUGUGUAUUCCCUUUGGUACUCUAUAUGGUAGUAAUUCUUGUUCAAUCCA